AUGCCUGUCAGGCUGCUGCUGCAGAGCGCCACCGGCGACGAUGGCUUCGAGAUCGACUGCACGUCGCCCGAGUGGGAGUUCGAGCCCGAGUGCGACACGGCGAGUGACGAGGCCGCCUCGACGUUCGGCGCGCUCCUUGCAAUCGUCUACAUGAUCUUCCUGUUCGCCUACUCCUACCGCAAGCAGAAGGAGAUGCUCUUGAGCAUUUUCCUGGAAACCAUCGGUCUUGGGGCCGCGAUCGCGUUCAUCUUCGUGGAGGCCGUCAACGUCCUGAACACCCACGCGGGGCGCCUGCUCAUCGCCGGCACCUUCUUCACGCUGGGCAUGCACCACGCGCACCUGUACCAGACGUGGCGCGUGGAGGUCGACCGCGACGAGAGGCGCGCGCUGCUCGAGCAGCAGGCCAAGGAGCGUGGCGAGGCGCCCCCGGAGCAGUGUUGUACGAUGUUCGUGGGACACACCAAGUGGGAGCACCGCAAGAAGUACUGGGGCACGAUCUUCGUGAAGGCCUUCAUCGGCGACCUGCUGACGAUGAUCGGCAUGGUGCUGCAGCUGCGCCGCCCCGGCCAAGAAACGAGUGGCUUCGCCGUGGUCGCGAUCUUCUUCGAGGCAAUCACUAUGAUUGGAAUGAUCGUGACCUUGCACAAGGCGCGCAAGCGCGCGCCGGGCCCCGGCUGGCUGGGUUGGCAGCAAGGCCUGAUGCUGAUCCCCAUCAACGAGUCGCUCGUGUGCUCGCUCGCGAGGUACUGCUGCUGCUGCUGCAGCGCGCCGAAGCCCGUCCCGGGCUUCCCGUCCGUGGACGACCUGAACGACAUGCGGUCCAGGAAGGCCAUCGACGAGAUCACCUACGAGCACUGGGUGGCGCACGCCAUGGACCUGGCGCAGCAGGCCGCGAAGGACGCCGGGAGCAAGGACGAGGCGGACCAGAGGGUCAAGGUCGAGGCCCCCGCGCCCGCGGAGGCCGAGACGGCGCACCGCGCCGAAGCGGGCAACGCGGCGUAG